UGCCUGAGGUCCCAGAGCUUGGGGCAGUAGUGAGCUCUAACAUGGCUGAUAAUAAUGGGACUGGCUUAUUAGAACAGCUGAAGUCGUGCAUCGUCUGGUGUUGGGCAUACUUUUGGACCGUCUGGUUCUUUGUUAUGCUAUUUUUGGUUAACAUCCUACGACUGCCAUUUAGAUACAACGACAGCACCGCAGCACCCGGCCCAGCCAUGUUUGGCACCGAGUCCUCACUAAGCAUGUUCCUGAACACACUGACGCCCAAAUUUUACGUGGCUUUGACGGGGACGUCUUCCUUGAUUUCGGGCCUCAUAUUGAUAUUUGAGUGGUGGUACUUCAGGAAGUAUGGCACUUCCUUCAUCGAGCAGGUGUCUGUGAGCCACCUGCGCCCCCUGCUGGGCGGUGUGGACAACAGCUCCCCCAGCAACUCCAACACCAGUAACGGAGAUGCAGACUCCAACCGACAGAGUGUAUCAGAAUGUAAAGUAUGGAGAAAUCCACUUAACUUAUUCAGAGGAGCUGAGUACAACAGGUACACGUGGGUGACGGGUCGAGAGCCGCUCACAUAUUAUGACAUGAAUCUUUCGGCGCAAGACCACCAGACCUUUUUCACGUGUGAUUCGGAUCACCUGCGGCCAGCUGAUGCUAUAAUGCAGAAGGCUUGGCGAGAAAGGAACCCACAGGCACGGAUUUCUGCUGCUCAUGAAGCUCUGGAGCUGGAAGACUGUGCUACUGCAUACAUCCUAUUAGCUGAAGAAGAGGCUACUACCAUAGUGGAGGCAGAGAAGCUCUUCAAACAAGCGCUGAAGGCAGGAGAGGGCUGCUACCGACGCAGUCAACAGCUCCAGCAUCACGGAUCACAGUAUGAAGCGCAACACAGAAGGGACACAAAUGUAUUAGUUUACAUUAAGAGGAGACUUGCCAUGUGCUCCCGAAAGCUUGGGAGGACGAGGGAAGCAGUCAAAAUGAUGAGAGAUUUAAUGAAGGAGUUCCCUCUCCUCAGUAUGUUCAAUAUCCACGAAAACCUGCUGGAGUCGCUGCUGGAGCUGCAGAACUACGCCGACGUACAGGCAGUACUCGCCAAGUACGACGAUAUUAGUUUACCUAAAUCUGCAACAAUAUGCUACACAGCAGCCCUCCUCAAAGCCAGAGCUGUAUCUGACAAGUUUUCCCCAGAGGCAGCGUCUCGGCGGGGCUUGAGCACAGCAGAGAUGAACGCGGUAGAAGCCAUACACAGAGCGGUGGAGUUCAACCCACACGUACCCAAAUACCUUUUAGAGAUGAAAAGUUUGAUCCUGCCUCCGGAGCACAUUCUGAAGCGCGGGGACAGCGAGGCCAUAGCCUACGCCUUCUUCCACCUGCAGCACUGGAAACGGGUGGAGGGAGCGCUCAACCUGCUGCACUGCACCUGGGAGGGCACGUUCAGAAUGAUCCCUUACCCGCUGGAGAAGGGGCACCUGUUCUACCCAUACCCUAUCUGCACAGAGACCGCCGACAGAGAACUCCUACCAACAGUGUUCCACGAGGUGUCGGUCUACCCGAAGAAAGAGCUGCCCUUCUUCAUCCUGUUCACAGCCGGCCUCUGCUCCUUCACAGCCAUGCUGGCGCUCCUCACCCACCAGUUCCCCGAGCUCAUGGGAGUCUUCGCUAAAGCUUUUCUCAGCACGCUUUUCGCACCUCUCAACUUCAUCAUGGAGAAAGUGGAGAGCAUCCUACCUUCCAGCCUCUGGCACCAGCUCACACGGAUCUAACCCCCCCCCCCCCGACCCCACUCCCGGCACGGCCUCCGACCGGCCUGGCACGUCACGGAUGUCCCCCCCCCCGGCCCCCCCCCUCACCCUCGUGCCAAGCUCUGCCCAGAUGCCCGCGGGCAGGAGAGGAUUAAGGUUAAGGGGGGGAAAAACAUUCAAAACAAGAGAAGGUCAAUUAUGGUUUUGACUUAUUUUUUAAAAAACGUUCUGUUCCCAUUUUUUUUGUUUUGUUUUGUUUUGUUUUGUUUUGUUUUUGUUUUAUGAUUUAUUUUUUUCCAAACUCAUGUUGGAACCUGUUUUUUGUUGUACAAAAAGGAGGUGAUUAAAAUGCCAUCAAAAAAUGGAAAAAAAGGACAAAAAAAAUAAAGACUUUUGUGUAUUGCUGCAAAAUGAAAACCGUCUGUUUGGUUUGGGAACAGAAGAAAGGAUCCCCUUUAAGUCCAUACAGAAAGGGUCUUGCUAUUCCAAAUCACUUCAUGAAUUUGACAAGCGUUGGAGAGCCUGAAAUCAAAUCCACUGCUCAGACCUCCCGGACCAAAAAGCAGACAGACUUCCUGUGGUAUUCUGACCUUUAGCUGAGCUUAGUAGUAUCUUUACUUCAUAGUUAUUUCAUUUCAUGUCUAUCUACAUACAUGUAAACGAUUCUGUGCCCCAACUAGGCCCUAGGUCAGUUAGUGAAGAGGUAUGGUGCCCUUACACCUUGUUUCUGUUUCCGUCAAUGUGUCCAAAACCUAAAGAACCCAGUCGAACCUGUUGGUGAAUUUGCAUUUGCUCUGCAGGUCCUGUCUGGAAAGGAUCCCAUUGACGCGUGUUUCUGAACUUCCCAUUUUACAACUCCAGGAACGUAACCAGCAGUGAGAUUAAACAUAAAUUGGUGCAUUAAACUCUUACCAAAUAGUUUCACAAGUGCAGCAACACCUUUCUUGUAAACAAAGGUUUUUAAAUGCAGUUGUUUACGGUACUCUAUUUCAAAGAAAAUACACAUUCCUGUUUUUUGGUGAUUUGGAAACGGGCGUCAACGGGCUUCGUUCCAGACGGACCUGAGGAGAAAAUUCAAAUUUGUUAACCAGUUUGUUCCCCAAGGUUACAAAACCUCUAAAGCAUACCUACAAGUUCAACACCUGGUCAUAAU